AGAGAAGGGGAGAAGCAGAUGACUUCAGGUUUUUGUUCUGCAGCCUGCAAAAAAAAUCGCAGCCCGAGGAGGGACACGGAAAUUCCGGUCAAAAUGCCGACCACCCUGUGUCCGCCCUGCUGCACUGUCGUUCUGUUAGUGCUAAUACAGCUGGCUCUUGCCCAGUACGAACACCUCGGCUACCCGCCGGGCUUCCCUGACCCGGAACAGGAGCAGUACAGCGCCCCCCAGCUGACGCCGGACACGCCCAGGAUCCAGCUCCGCUUGGCGGGGGACAAGAGGAAACACAACGAGGGUCGCGUGGAGGUUUUCUACAACGCUGAAUGGGGCACUGUCUGUGAUGACGACUUCACUAUCCACGCCGCUCAGGUGGUGUGCAGGGAGCUGGGCUACCUGGAAGCCACCUCAUGGUCACCUUCUUCAAAAUAUGGGAAAGGACAAGGACCCAUCUGGUUCGACAAUCUCCACUGCACAGGCAAAGAAAAGACCUUGGCACUGUGUCCCUCCAAUGGAAUCGGCGUUUCAGACUGCAAACACAGUGAAGACGUGGGCGUGGUGUGCAGCGACAAGAGAAUACCGGGUUUUAAAUUUGUUAACACCCUCCCCAACCAUGUCGAGAACCUUGAUAUUCAAGUGGAGGACGCGCGCAUACGAGCCAUCCUGUCGUCCUACCGUAAGCGGAUCCCUGUGACAGAAGGCUACGUGGAGGUCAAGGAUGGCGGUAAAUGGAAGCAGAUCUGUAACACAGAGUGGACGCAGCAUAACGGCAGAGUCAUCUGCGGCAUGUUUGGCUUCCCCGGGGAGAGGAAGUACAACGCCAGAGUUUACAAGAUGUUUGCUCGCCGGAGAAAGCCCAUGUACUGGGACUACGCUGUGAACUGCACUGGCAAUGAAGCCCAUUUGUCCAGCUGUAAACUGGGCCAGGUUACAUCAAUGAAGUCCAAUGAGACCUGUCCUGAAGGGUUGCCUGUGGUGGUGAGCUGCGUGCCCGGCAAAGACUUUGCCCCGACGCCCAUGACGGGAUUCAGGAAGGCCUUCAGACAAGAGCAACCGCUGGUUCGUCUUCGUGGUGGGGCCAUCGUAGGCGAGGGUCGAGUGGAGGUGUUGAAAAAUGGAGAGUGGGGCACCAUAUGUGAUGAUAACUGGAACUUGCAGUCUGCCACUGUGGUGUGUCGAGAGCUGGGCUUCGGUACGGCCAUAGAGUCUCUGUCCGGAGGUCGCCUGGGACAAGGUAUGGGCCCGGUCCAUAUGAACGAGGUGGAGUGCUCUGGAUUUGAGAAGUCCAUCACAGAGUGUUUCUUCAACAAGGAGGCUCUCGGUUGCAGCCAUGAGGAGGAUGCAGCCAUCAGAUGUAAUGUUCCUGCUAUGGGCUUCCAACAGUCGCUGCGUCUGAGCGGAGGCCGUAACCCCUAUGAGGGCCGCGUGGAGGUGCUGGUGGAGAGGAACGGUUCUCUGGUGUGGGGGACGGUGUGCAGUGACAGCUGGGGAACCAUGGAGGCCAUGGUGGUCUGCAGGCAGCUGGGCCUGGGCUUCGCCAGCAGCGCUUUCCAGGAGACUUGGUAUUGGCCGGGAGAGGUGAGUGCCGACUCUGUGGUAAUGAGUGGCGUUCGCUGCUCUGGUACGGAGAUGUCUCUGUCCCACUGCCUGCACCAUGGGGCUCACCUCAGCUGCGCUAAAGGAGGCGGACGCAACGGCGCCGGAGUUUCCUGCUCUGAGACGGCUCCUGACCUGGUGUUGAACCCUCAGGUGGUGGAGCAGACCACCUACAUGGAGGACAGGCCCAUGUUCAUGCUGCAGUGUGCGUAUGAGGAGAACUGUCUCUCCUCCACCUCCAGCCAGGCGCCGGCCAACACCUACCGCCGCCUGCUUCGCUUCUCCUCCCAGAUCCACAACAACGGCCACUCUGACUUCCGGCCCAAAGCUGGCAGACAUUCCUGGGUGUGGCACGACUGUCACAGGCAUUAUCACAGCAUGGAGGUGUUUACACUCUAUGACCUGUUCACCCUCAAUGGAACCAAAGUGGCAGAAGGACACAAAGCAAGUUUUUGCCUGGAGGACUCAGAGUGUGAUGAAGGUAUUGAAAAGAGGUAUGAGUGUGCUAACUUUGGAGAGCAGGGUAUCACUGUGGGCUGCUGGGAUACCUACAGGCACGACAUCGACUGCCAGUGGAUCGACAUAACUGAACUCAAACCUGGAGAUUACAUUUUCCAGAUAGUAAUUAAUCCAAACUAUGAGGUACCAGAGUCAGACUACACCAACAACAUCAUGAAAUGCAGAUGUCGAUAUGAUGGCCAUCGUGUGUGGAUGUACAGCUGCCAUAAUGAGAUAUUAAUGAACUGACCAUGAUAACCAGCUAGCCCAGGCCCGUCCCGUCUUGUUACACCACUUGUGCCCCAAGAGGUGAUGAGUCACUGUCCUCAGUCCAACCUGAGAGGACUUAGAAAUAGAGAUGCUCCGAGAGCUGGUCAAUCACGUGGAAAGUACAGCGUGUGUGUACGUUUCAAUAGUUUGGUUAUUGGAUUAAAUCGAAAGUGGCAGAAACAACAAAAUGUCUCGUAUUUUGUGUGUUCGUCCUCCCCUAAAUUUAGAUUAUAUGGAGUCAGUAGUAGAGGUGAAAUGCUGCCCCCUAUUUGUUUUGAGCAUGUGG